AUGGAUUCGGAUCGUUGCGAACCAGACGACACCGCUAGUUUACUUAAUAAUUACGGGUUGGACAAUUUAAAUAAACCGGCUACGUUAAAAAUGGUCGUGGGUAGUAGUACCAUCGGUCCCAGACAUACCAUCGAUAACAUAUUAGGAUUGCCACCUAGGAAGGAUCUGCAUCAUCACCAUCACGAUGCUACCGCGUUGAUGCUACACCAACGGGAUAGGAGUUCUUUUAAUGAUGAAAGUGCUGGUGAAGGAAGCUGUAACUCAAACGACGGCGUAUCGGAUUUACGUUACGGAAAGAUGGGAGGAAGCGAAGGGUCCGAGGGCGAAGAAGACGCGGUCGGGGGCACGGAGGGUGCCAACGGCGAAGGAGGCGGCAGGGGCGGAUCCCGGGGGGGCAGCGACGAGGGGGGCAACGAUUCAUGCAAAAAGAAACAUCGUCGUAACAGGACGACAUUCACCACCUAUCAGCUGCACGAGCUGGAGAGAGCGUUCGAGAAGAGCCACUACCCCGACGUGUACAGUAGAGAAGAGCUCGCGAUGAAAGUCAAUUUGCCCGAAGUCAGGGUGCAGGUCUGGUUCCAAAACCGUCGUGCAAAAUGGCGUAGACAAGAAAAAAUGGAGGCGGCCAGACUGGGUUUGAGCGAUUACCAUGCGGCGGCGACCCUCUCGAGAGCGGGAAGCACCAGCCUCACCCUCCCGAUCGACCCUUGGCUCUCGCCACCCUUACUCUCGGCCCUCCCCGGGUUCCUGAGUCAUCCGCAAACCGGGUACCCGAGCUACUUGACCUCUCCGAUUGCCGCCGAUCCGGCCUCCCGCUCGCAUCCGCCGCCGCCUCCCAUGGCCCACGCCCACUCGCCCUCAUCCGGCGGAGGGGCGGCUCCCCCACCCGAUCUCCGAACUAACUCGAUAGCCGCCCUCCGAUUAAAAGCGAAGGAACACGUGGAAAGUAUUACGAAAGGAUUACAGACGGUUUAGGUGUGACAAUCUGACGAGGAUGAUAAUGAUGAUGAUGCUCUUGUAAAUAAUUGUAUUAAUUGGGGUUUUAAUUAAGUUUAUGAGUCGCUUUGAUGUAUAUAUAAAGAUUAGAGUGGGAGCGACUAAGAGUGUCUGAGUAACUGGUAGUUAAGUACUUAUGUUCCUUUUCUUUUUAAAUUAUAUUUAUCUCAGUAAU